UUGAUAAUAGAUUUUUUGUUGAAAAAUUAAUUAUUAAAAUUGUUUUCUGAUGAGUCAAGAAUAUUUCUUCAAAUUAUUCAAAUAUGUUUUAUUAUUCAUUUUGUGUAUCUUAAACACCAAUCCGGUGGCAGCAACCAGUUGUCGUACACCUUUUGGCGCGCUAGGCGAUCAGCUACCGUUAAGCGACUGCAAGCCGUUGCUAGAUUUUGUUCAUGAAUAUGGUUCGAAAAUGACAGUAGUGCAGACUAAAUUUCUGGAGAUGAGUUAUGUGAACUACACACAGCGAAUUAUCUGUUGCGACCUGGAAUUUGAACCUAAACGUGCUUUCCAGUCGAUUGGCCGCGAAAUUCUACGAAAUCAGGCAGAGUCUUGCGGUGAUAACACUCGCAAGCGUAUCUCUUUCGGAUCAGAGAGUACAUUUCUCGCCCACCCCUGGUCCGUGCUGUUGAUCUACAGCAGUGGCUAUAAAUUUCAAUGUGGCGGCACUGUGAUAACGAAUCGAUAUGUACUGACUGCAGCUCACUGUGUAACGAUGCAACUCGUUGCUGUUCGCCUCGGCGAGCACAAUACAGAUUUAUUAGUCGAUUGUGAAUUGGAUGAAAUGGAUCAGGAGCACUGUCUAGCACCGGCCAUAGAUGUUGCCAUUGAGCGUGCCAUUAAGCACAAUCAUUACUCCGAGGCAUUAUCCAAUAGUGACAUUGCGUUAUUGCGAUUGGGACAACAAAUCCAUUUUAUAGACAGCGUGAAGCCCAUUUGUAUACCGGAAUAUCAGGGCCAAGAAUUUCAAAAGCGUUUUGGCAUUAUUGGCGGCUGGGGCGCUACCGAGAAUUCAUCAUUCUCUAAUGUACAUCGUGAGGCUGAGAUUCCCAUCAUUUCACGUGACAGCUGUCAGGCGGUUUAUAAACGUCGUACGGUGGAUGAAACAAAAGUCUGCACCCGUGGCGCUGAAGAUGAGAACACAUGUAAAGGAGACUCGGGUGGGCCAUUGACGGUGCGUGUGGAGGGUCAUGAAGAUGGCACGAAUCGUAAAUUCCGUUAUAUGCAAAUAGGUGUGAUAUCAUUGGGUUUCAGAGACUGUGGAGUGGUUAAAGGUACUCCUGCUAUAUAUACAAAUGUUGCUGCUUUCAUUGAUUGGAUUGCGUUGCAUAUUGAGUUGUGAGAAUGUCAACGAAAGGCGAAAGAUAAAUUAUACGAAUAAUGAUGUCAUGGAAUACGUUGCUUUUAGUAUUUUCAUGGAAUUAAAUACCAAUUUCCGGAGCAGUUCAUCGAAGAUCUGCGAAAACUCA